AUGGCAAUCAAAAACCCUAGGAAAUGGCGGUUCACAUGGGAAGCCCAAUCUCACUCUCCAACCCUCAGAUUAUUCAUCUUCGAUUCUCAAACAAAUCCAUCAGUUCAAUGUCAAGACCUCAAAGUCAUCCUCAAUCUCUCACAAUCUCACGUCGUCAUUACGUGGGUUCAUCAACAAGGGACGCUAAAUGAAGUCUCGCUUUUGGCUCCGUUACCCAAAGUUCUCAUCGACUUUGACUCUCCAAUUAGCUACCGAGCAUUGAGUGACCACAUUGAAGUCAAGCUCCUGCUGCUUCUUCCUGUCGAUCACCCUAUUGUUUCUAGCAUUGAUUCAGUACUUUAUUUAACAGAAGAUGUUCGAAUUGUGUCAUCUGACGUGGCAACGCCACUCGUCAUGGAUUCUGAUUUGAAGAGUCUGUCGGCAAAGGCGGAGGGAGUACAUUUUUACUGCAGAAGUUGCUCGACUAGGUUGACUAGAAGACCUCUUAGACAUUUUGUGGAAAUGCCAUCAGUUAACUGGCAAGAGGCGGCUGACAACUGGUUUGGAGCUUGCUGUUGUUCAUUUGGUGGGAUAAGUGAGAAGUUGGUAACCAGGUAUGCAAAUUCCUACAUAUGUGUAACAGAUAUGUGCCUGUUAACGCCCACAACUGUUACCCUUUUCAAGGGUGAUCUUGAGGGAUGUAAAUUUUCUGACUCUGAUAAUGGCCAAAAGUACCAGCCAGUACUGGAUUGUAAUGUUGAAGAUUGUUCUAGUGAAUCAACACAAGUCUCUGGAUGUAAUCAUGGAAGACUUGCAGGCUGCGACUGUCAAAGCGAUAAAAUGCACAACCUUAAUGGAAAAUUAGGCUAUGUCCUCCUAAUGGAAGAUCAGAGAUCUUUUCUCAAUGGCUUUCUUGGAAAUAUUUUCAUGGCCAAAUCCUACAAUGUCUCAAAGAAUAUUAACUGGGUUGAAUAUUCAUGUCCCCAGUGUUCAUCUCUUCUUGGAGCUUACCCUUGUAGUAGUGGUGAUGCUCCUAUAGAUGGUGGCGUUCGCCUCUUUAAAUGUUACUUUCCACUUGUUUGCCCAGUCGGUGAUCAGUGA